AUGGAAAAUAUAAGUGAAAAUUAUGUUGAUAAUGUUGUUCUUGAUAAUGCAAUGGAAGAUUUAGGGAAUGAAGGAGAAAGAGAAGAAGAUGAAUUAGAGAAGAAGAAUGAAUACGUUGAGUGUGAGACAUCUGAAUUGAUACACAAAGAAGUUGCUAAUGAUGAAGAAGCUUACAAAUUAUACAAUGAGUAUGCAUUUAAAUGCGGAUUUGGUAUCCGGAAGGGUAAAGUUUGUUGGAGAUAUGAUACAAAGACCAUCAGACAACAUUUUUUGGUUUGUAGUCGUGAAGGAUUGAAAGACACAAAAGGUGGUGUGCCUAAGGCAUAUACUAAGCUUGAUCAACAUUGUGGAUGUAAAGCGUUUAUUCAAUUUGAUGUUUCCAAAGAGUCUGGACUUUUUAUUGUUACUAAGCACCAUAUGAUUCACAAUCACCCCAUGGUGCCAUUGAAACAAAGACAUUUAAUAAGAUCUCAUAGGAAAGUGACAGUUGAACAAUUGCACAUGAUUAAUAAUUUGAGAAGUUGUGGAGUUGGGGUUGCUGAAGCUGUGCGUGUAUUGAGGAAGGAAGCCGGGGAUCUGCAAAUCUUGGUUUUGCGACAGAGAUGCUUAUGA